AUGCAGACAGCCUUCCUGAUGUUGCUGGUGACAGCACGGCUCCCACACCUGGCAAUCCCUGUGCAUCUGGAGGAGGAGAGCACCAACACAUUGGAGCCUCACCCAUGUCCCCUCAAUGCAGAGGAAACUGUGAACUUGGAGGAGGAGGAGUCUGAGGCAGACUUGAGGGACCUGAAUGACUCCUCGGAGGGAUAUCAAGCUCCUCCAUGUCCUGUGAAUGCAAAGGCUGCCUUAGCGGAUGUCACUGAAAUCCUAUACCCACAUCGGAAGUCAGGGAAAGGGUAUAAAAAGUUUGAGGAGGAUGACCUGUUGUCUUCCUUGGCCACAGCGCAAGCAUUCCAAAAGGGUCCACAUGCUGCAAAACAACUCCAGAAAUGGGCAUGGUUGUUCAUCGAUGAUUGCGAUGAUCUCCCGUGGAAUCUGUAUGGCACAUGGAAUGUCUCCCUUCUGGUGGACGGUGACCUUGCAAUGCGAGAUCCACCUGCAUCUGCAAGGAAAAUAUGUCAGUAUGCCGAUGGCCACAAGCAUGCGGAUGUGGUCAAGUAUCAACAGGAGAAGUUCCUACCAACAAUGGCACAGCUUCAGUACAACAUGCACUGUGCUGAACUCAGUCCCUCUCGAGACAAUGCAAUGAUUUGCAACUUGAUCCCUCAGGGGUCUAUCCAGCAAACAAGCUGCUUGGGCCAAUCAUAA